AUGUUAAAAAUUCUGCUAGUAUUUUUGAUAAUUUUUCAAAGUUUACUUUUGCAAACGCAGUCAAAGACUGUCAUUGAAAACGUUACUGUUUCCAGUGAUCUUAUACAAGAUUUGUUCUCUAAUGAAAUUGAAACGAAUUUAAAAUUAGCAGAAAUUAAGAAUGCAGAUGACGAAAAAUGUAUUCUUCAAUUGAAAAAAUCUGUGAAAUCUAUUCAGUUUUUGGAUUCGUGGGGAAAGUUUCCUUCAGGAAUUCUGUCCGGCCAUGUGACAGAUUUCGGUAAUUAUGAUCAAUGUGUGAAAAUUUCAACUAUAUUGAUCCCAUCUCAUGGAGUAACCAAUGGAAAAUAUUGUUUGGCUUCUAUUCCUAUGCCGUUUAAAAGUAAACUUCUUUCGGAAGAAGAAACUCCAGCAUCAACAGAUGGAAUAGCCAUAUUCGGAAGAAACCUCUUACCGACGAUAUCGUUAAAUAUAAGAUUAGGAAUCUGUAUACCCGAAAUAUGCAGACCCGAAUUAGUAAGUAAUAUUCUACAAAGAGCAACAGGCAAAGUAUUAAAUGGUCGACUUGCCGGAUCAGCAGUAUCCAAAUGUUCUGUAGCCAGGAAGCCUGACUUCAAGGCUAUUGAUAUCAUUGCUAUAGGGUUUUGUUCUGUAAUUGCUGCGCUUAUGCUUUUGAGUUCACUUUACGAUCUGUGGACUACACAUUUUCAAAGAAAACCUUUACCAUUACUUCUGGCAUUCUCCGUCAUAACCAAUGGAAGAAAACUGUUCAAUAUUAGUUCAGAAAAAUCUCCAAACUCUAUCACAUGUUUGACUGGAAUUCGAGUAUUUUCAAUAUUUUGGGUGAUACAUUGUCAUAAUUUCUUCAUAUACGCAAGUCUUAAUGUUAUCAACUUAUCGUAUGUAUUAACAUGGGCAAAUAAUUUUACAUCUAUGCCGAUAAUUAUGGGAACUCUUUCAGUGGAUUCUUUCUUUUUUCUUAGCGGUUUACUUGUAGCUUGGCUGGUUCUUAAAGAAUUGGAUAGAACGAGAGGAAAACUCAACAUAGGAAUGAUGUAUCUUCAUCGUUACAUCCGACUUACACCAGCUCUAGCAGCCGUGAUCCUCUUCAGUAUAACGAUAAAUAAAUACAUUGGAAGUGGACCAAUAAGAACCCCAGCAGAAGGAUGUGAUAAAGGCUGGUGGCUCGUUUUACUCUAUGUACAAAACUAUGUUAAGAAUUCUCAUUUGUGUAUUGCUCAAGGAUGGUAUUUAGCCUGUGACACUCAGCUUUAUGUUCUUUCUCCACUGAUUCUGAUCCCCUUAUGGAAAUGGGGUAAGAAGUUUGUUCCCGUUUUAGUAACUCUUGUCUUCUUGUCAAUUGGUUGCGUUAUAGCAACUUUCAUAGUCGAAGGAUACACCAAUGUUUCAGGACUUGGUAAUCCGUUAGGGCUGCUUCCACGAACUUACACAAAAACUCAUACUAGAUAUUCCCCGUGGCUUAUUGACUUUCCUUUUGAUUCGAGUGUUGUUUAUGCAGCGUUAAACGAAUCACUAAAACGUGCCCUAUGGGCCAUAGCUCUAGCAUGGAUUGUCUUCGCUUGUCACUUCGGCUACGGUGGAUUGGUGAAUUCCAUUCUUUCACAUCCUUUCUGGCAGCCAAUAGGACGUUUGACAUAUUCCAUGUAUUUGCUUCAUAUGCUUGUGCAGGAAAUCAAUUACGGAAUAUCAAAAACAGAUGCUUAUUUUUCCGACUACACAAUGAUUCUCGAAUUUUGGAAAACACUUGGAAUAACUCUUUUGUCGUCAAUUGUUCUAUCACUUUCCUUCGAAGCUCCAAUAUUGGUGUUAGAGAAGGCAAUAUUUGGUAGAAGAAAACCAAAGUCUGACAGUACGGAUAAUAUAAUGCCAUCAACAUCUCAAAAUAAAAUAGUUUAA